AAUGAAUCCAAAUGAUGAUUAGUAGAGACUAUACUAAAUGUUCUAAUAAAUGGGUAAUCCAGACCCAUAUGGACGAAUGUUACCUGUGCCAAAUCCUCAAUAUUAUUAAUGUUGGACUCCACCUUUUCCAUAAUAAAUGAUGCCACCCCCUCCAAAUUAAAAAUAUCCAUUUCCAGAUUAAUUUAUGCAUGACCAAGCUCUUUAAAUGAAUUCACUUCAACCUAAUCAAGGUGGAAUGAAUUUAAAUGGUAUGCCAUAAGGUUUACCAAAUAUGCCUCCAAUGCCUAUUGGAUUUGGAAUGCCUCCUAUGGGACCAGGUCAAUUACCUCCUGGAGCUAUGGGUCCAGGUCCUAUGGGUCCCAUGGGUCCAAUGAGUGCCAUGGGUCCAAUGGGCCCUAUGGGACCAAUGGGUCCAGGACCAAUGUAAUUACCUGGUAUGGGACCUAUUCCUCAAGGACCUAUGGGAUAGAUGCCAAAUUUUGAUUUUCCAUUUAAACAAUAACCACAAUUAUAAUAGUAAAUAGGAUAGAAUCAAAUGAUAUAAUAAUAAUAAUAGCAAUAAUAAUAAUAAUAAUCACAUUCAUAAUAAUAACCUUUGCAAUAAUAAUAAUAAUAAUAAUAAUAAUAAUAGCAAGUUUAAUAACAACAAUAAUAGGCACCUUAAAAUCAGAAUUAAGGAAAUUCAAAUACAAAUAAUAAUAAUAAUAAUAGUAUGACUUAAUAAAACAAUUUAGAAUAAGGUAAAUGAAUCAUAAUAUUUUAGGUUUUUCAUAAGUUGUAAAUGAGUUUUAAUUAAAAAUUUUGAAUAUGUUUGUUUAAUAAAAUUAGAUGUUAUUAGACUUUAAGAAUAAAAAUGCCAAUUUGGAAAGUGUUAUAACACAAAUAUUAGAUGAAAUAACAAAUCUACAAAGAAUUGUUGAAUAGAAAUUUGAUAAUGGAUAGACAGAAGAAUUUGUUAGUAGAUGUAAUCAUUUAUAAUUUUAUUUUAUUAGUAUCUAUACCUCAUCAAGAAAUGACACAUAAUAAUAUCUUAUUAAAGUCUUUAUCUUAUAAUUUAAAUGAAUUUUAAUAUUAAUUGGUAUUGAUUAAUGACUUAGAUACUGUUUUAUUUAAAGACAAGAACUUUAAUCUUGAAAUUGCUCUUAAGGAUAUGAAAGGAUAAAAUAUUAAAAAUAAAAAUAAGAUAGAAUUAGAGAUACAAUUAUAUUCAUCAGAUGAUAAACCAAUGUUAUUAUAACUAAAUUCAUAAAAUCAAGUGAUAUUAAGAUUGCCUGAAGAUAAUAUUUGGUUAGAUGAUGGAUUAGCAGAUGUUGAGAAACUCUAAAUCAAUGAAGUUACAUCUCACUUUUAAAAUGGAUGGGUACAUAUGAUAGUAUAUCCCAUAAGAAAUAAUAAUAAAAUAGGAUCAGAUGACAUAAAUCCUGCAUUAAUAAAACCAUUAAUAUUAUAAAUUGUUGUGAAAUCAAAAAAAACAUUUAAGAAGUAAUUUUAGUUUUAAUUAAUUAGAUCAUCUCGUUCAAGGUCAAGAUCUCAUGAAAGAUUAAGAAGAUUAGAAAAGUUAGAAAAUAAAUCAAGUUCAGAAUCAGAAAAUGAAUAAAAAGAUAUGAAAAUAUCAUAAGAAAAAUAAAAUGGAAAUGAAAAUUAAAUAGAAGAAUAAAAUGAUAAGGAAAAAGAUAGUGAAAAGAAAAAUAAUAGUAUCUAGAAUAAUAAUGAAUAAUAAAAUGAAAAUUAACAAGAAAAAGAGGAAAUUUAUUAAAAUAAUGAAUAUGAAUCUGAAUCUUGA